UUUAAGUUUAACAUCUUAGUUUAUUUGUGGUCUGCUUAAAUCAGCUGUUAUUUGUUUGGCAGUGAUAUUUUCCUGGUUGGUAAUAAACUGAGGAUGAUUCUUAUAGUAUAUUUUCUGUCAGCCUUAAAAUGAUAUCUUUUCAAAGUUUGGGGUUCUACUAAAAAAAAUAACGUGUCGGAAAAUACUUUUCGAGUAAUUCACUAAUAGUUUGUAUAUUCUCAAUCUCAACAUCAUAUAUAUAUAUAUAUAUAUAUAUAUGAAUCACCAAAAGUUUACAUCAUGUCUUAUGGGUCAUCACCGGAUGAUACAUGUCCUCCUAAUAGUGAUAGUUUUACCUGGAAGGUGCUGAAAUAUUGGGGUGAUUAUAAAUCUGCACGCAGAACAUUUUGCAAUAUAUCUAACGAUGAAGAUCACGUAGACGCUGUGACAAAAUUUGCUGAAAAUGAAUUUUCUGAACUAGUCAGCGUGACACUUGACCGUUUUAUGGCGUCAUCUAGAACAACGCUUGUAAAUUCUGACGGGAUAAUAGCUUACUAUUUCUUCAAAGCACUACUCAAUUCGCAUAAAGAUAUCAAGGAUGAAUCUGAAAAGGGUAUAAUAACUGAUGAACGAAACAGUCUGGCACAAAAUGCUCUUAAGAUGUUUUUUUCUCAGUUCUUUUUUAAGAUUGGUUGCAUUCUGGAUACAGCUUUAGAAGAUUCUGAAACCGCCAAGGCAUUUUCAGUCUGCAUUUGCAUUGAAUUUAUUUCGGAUGUACUAAGGGACAACUCAUCAACUGUGGUAAUACUUUGUCAUCUUAGCGAAUUGUGGAACAAAUUAGGAAACAUAAUCAAGAAACUUGUUGAGCAUAUCAUAAUCAAUCAAAAUGGUAAAGCUAAUGAUGAUCAAGAAGUUUUUCUUUUCGAAAUUUUUCGUCUUUGGAGAUCCGCUCUAAAAGCAUACACGACGGUUGAUGAUAAAAAGAUGGAUAAUACGCGUGAUUGUGCAUUUACUGUUUUAGUUGAUGUUCUACACGUCUGCUUAACUGAAUACUUCACAAAAUAUUCAAAAUUUCUCGUCGAUGUUUCUUUAUCCAUUUGGCCAGUCUAUUUUGUACGCAGUUUGCGCACUCUGUAUAAACUUGUGUAUAAAUCUGAUCAUUUAUGGGCCAAUAAUCUACAUCCUAUCGUUAACAAACUUAUAUACGAAUUACUGUGCUCACACUCCCGUUCACAAAGGUCUACAAUAGAAAUAUCUGAUUCCAACGCUUUUUGUGGUUGUUUAACUACUCAUAUAGUGCGUACUAUAAAAACUCAAAAGAUUAAAUGCGACGAAGUAUCUUUGCUUGAACCAGAUAUUUGUUUAUCUCUGCGCAUUAUUAUUAUAUGUGGUCUCGAAAAUGCUUUAAAAUUAGAUCCUAAUGAUCUACAACUUUGGUCAAUAAUAAGCUCUAUUCAUCAAUUAUUACUGGAUAUUGAAUUGGAUAAAUCAAACACGGUACAUAGUUAUGAAAAUUCAAUAAUUAUCUUAUUUUCUGAGGAUGAUGCACAACUUUUCCGAGUAUUGGACCUAUGGAUACAGAUUGAGGACCAUAUCAAAUCCACAGAGUAAGAUUAGUGUUUUUUUUUAAUUCCUCAGAUUUUCCUUUAUCAAAUUAUAUUUGAUGCGUAUACGAAUUGACCAUAGAAUGGACUGUCGUAGUAGUGUACCUGUAACUAAAACCUAAUUCGUGAUGUUAUCGACACAUCUUUUUCAGAAACUACAUUUAAUCGCCCUGCACCGUAGCUCAGUGGUUUGUACAUUCAACUGACUGGUACUGGAUAGCGGAUUACAACCCAUUUUCGUGCACUCGUGUUGUAUCGUUUCCUCAUAUAUGUCUCUCAGCUUAUUGUAUGAAACUUCACUAGAUUCGUCCUUAGCUACCCUUUACUCAACCAUGCAACGUAGCAACAUAUAGUUGACGGAAUUGCUUAAGUCUGCUGUCUAUGUAAAUGGCCUAACAUGGACAGUUAAACGAAUAAAUCCAAUCAGAUAUAACGAAGUGUGUCUUUGUUCCAGGAUCAUUGUAAAAUACAAUAUUUUACUUGGCUGUAGUUAAUGAUUUAUUCGAUGUGUCUUAACUGCUGUGCUAAUAUGCCACAAACAACAUCUUUUUUCGAACUGUGGUCCCAAAAGUAAUCACUUCUUUGGGACAGCCGUUUUAGUCGGUCUUACUUGUAUCAUCUGACAUUAUUGCCAGAAUCAUUUGUGAAGUCGCAAUAUUAUACUGCAACACCACUACUUGAUUAUUAAUAUAAUAUUUUUGUUAAAUAUAUGUAUGAUUGUUGAACCAAUGAUGGAUAACUAAUUUAAACGAAAUAUUUACUCUCCUUUUUUCUCACUUUAUUCUCGCUGCUAUAUUCUAUUCACAAUAUUGAGCCCUUAAAACUUUCUCUUAACAACUAAAAUCUUGAAGUUCUGUUGAAAAGAGUUUAAUAGUUUUAAUUACCGUUAGGUAUAAAGGAGAGUUAAUAAGUCCAACCUAUGGUUUGUGCAAACUGUUGUGAUAACUCAGGCUGACCAGACAAUCUAGUCUGAAUAAAAUCAUAUAUUGGUGAGUGGAAGAAAAUAUUCAAAUUGUUUUAUAAUAUUUAUUGAUCGUAUUUCAGAAUAUACCGUGUUGUUUGUUUAUUUUUUGACUAGUAUGUUUAUAAUAUAUAUUAGUCAAUAAGUUUUGUAACAAGUGUGGUCGUUGUUACAUAAUGUAUAAAUAGAGUAGUCAGAGGGUACAUGUAUUUACUUUAGAUAUUCAUUACGCUGCAAUGAUCUCUUCAUUCAGAAUGGGUUUUUUUUCCAUUGUUAUAUCAGCAAAUGACUCCCCA